AAUAUUUGACUUGUCAAACAUAAUAGUUACAUUAUUUUAGAGAGGAAGACAGUGAUUGGCUUACGAUAAUGGUGGACUAAUCCAGUCGAGCCUUAGCCCAUCAUUGGAAUAUGGUAGCCGCCUCACCAAACAGUUCCUGAAAGGCGCGCAGUAUAUCAAAAUCCAGAUAGGAUAAAUCUAAACUGCGCAUGGGUGCUGCUUUGUCUCUCACACCGAGAAAAGAAGGAAAAGCGUGCGUCAUGCGGCGGCCUUCAUUUCUUACACUUCAAAAUUUUGGACACCCUCCAUUGGAUCUCUUUCACUUCCCCCAAAAAAAAAACAAAAGCUUCGGUAGCUUUUCUUCUAUAUUGGGUUCCUCUCAAUUCCUAACCAGUUUUGUUUUCAGAUAUGUACUUUGAAGUGGAACUUGUGAGGGAUGUGGCAGUCCUUGCUGAAAACUUCAAGAAAGACGUACCCAUUUCUCAGGGAUCCAUUAUAACUCAGCUUCUGGAGAACUUGCUGCAAGAGAAGGCCACCAAAGAUCAUGGCUAUUUUCUUUCAGUGACCAGUUUGAAGAGGAUAGGCAAAGGAGAGGUUGUGGAGGAGUCUGGAAAUGUGCUUUUUCCUGUAGUCUUUAAUUGUAGAACAUUUCUACCAAUCAAAGGAGAGAUUUUACAUGGAGUUGUUCAUCAUACACUUAGGCUUGGUGUUUGUCUGAGAUGUGGACCUAUUAAAUAUGCUUUCCUUUCUGCUCGGAAAAUGCCUAGAUACCAGUUUGUUUCCGGGGAAAAACCAGUUUUCUUGAGUGAUGAGCUUGGAAAGAUAGAGGCUGGUGUUGUAGUUCGUUUUGUGGUGCUUGAUCUUAGAUGGAUAGAGAAAAGGGGACGUUUUAGAAAAGAAUUUGUUAUGCUUGCCAGUUUAGAAGGUGAUUCCCUUGGUCCCAUUGCACUCUCUGGUUCUGAUGAGUUGGGCCUGUAAAUAUUUGUAACUUCAUAAACAUGCUUCUUUUGUAAAGAUUGUAUGCCUUAAAUGAGUUCAUUUACCUCCUUUUUUUUU